AUGAGGAUUGUGGAGAUUAUUAUUGACGGCUUCAAGUCGUACGCCGUGCGAACGGUAAUUUCAGGAUGGUAUGGAUUCUCUGUUUGUGAUUCUCCGAGAUCGUUUGCGGUGGUUCUCGUUCUCGGACAGAUCUCGGGGGACGAAUCGUUCAAUUCUAUCACCGGUCUAAACGGUAGUGGAAAAUCCAAUAUCCUCGACGCCAUUUGCUUCGUCCUCGGUAUUACGAAUAUGAGCACCGUGCGAGCGCAAAACCUGCAAGAUCUUAUUUAUAAGCGCGGUCAGGCUGGUGUUACCAAGGCCAGCGUGACGAUCGUUUUCGAUAAUCGCGAUAAAGCCAAAUCACCAAUUGGUUUUGAGGAAUAUGGCAGUAUAUCGGUUACGCGCCAGAUCGUACUGGGUGGUACCAGCAAAUAUCUCAUCAACGGUCAUCGCGCGCAGCAGCAGACUGUUCAGAACUUGUUUCAGAGUGUCCAGUUAAAUAUCAACAAUCCGAACUUUUUAAUUAUGCAGGGUCGCAUUACGAAGGUGCUGAAUAUGAAAGCUGUAGAAAUUCUGUCUAUGAUUGAAGAAGCCGCUGGUACACGAAUGUUCGAGGAUAGGAAAGAAAAGGCGGCAAAAACCAUGGCGAAGAAGGAGAUGAAAGUCCGUGAGAUCGAGGGACUUCUGAACGAAGAGAUCGAGCCCAAACUCGAAAAACUUCGUGGCGAAAAGCGUGCUUUCCUCGACUUCCAACAAACACAAAACGAUGUUGAACGUCUCACUCGGCUAGUGGUCGCUCACGACUACGUGAAGAGCAAGGAUCGACUGAAACUUGCCGGCGAAGAAUAUGAAGCAAAGAAACAGAAGAUACAGACACUCGAAGACAGUGCGGCAAGACUCAAGAAUGAGAUUGCGCACCUCGAGGAAGAUGUUAAGCGUGUCAAGGCUGUUCGGGAAAAGGAAUUGCGCAAGGGUGGCAAGUUCCAAGCCCUGGAAAAUGAAGUCAAAGAACACUCCCACGAAUUGGUUCGGUUAGCUACAGUUUUUGAGCUCAAAAACUCUAGCAUGGCAGAUGAAAAAGAGAAGAGGAAAGCCAGCCAGAAGAGUGUCGCCGAGCUCGAGAAGUUACUCAAGGACAAAAGGAAAGUCUACGAGAAACUUCAAAUGAAAUAUGACACAGCGAAGGCCGAAUUCGAUACUCAAACCGCAGAGGUGGAGACAAAGGAGGAAUUGCUUCAGACACUGCAAACAGGUAUUGCAUCCAAGGAAGGCCAAGAGAAUGGCUAUCAGGGACAACUUCAAGAUGCGCGUAACCGAGCAAGCGCCGCAUUGACAGAACAGGAGCAAGCUAAGCUCAAAGUGACGCAUCUUGAAAAGAGAAUCAAGGAGGAGGAGCCUCGUGCCAAAAAGGCAGUAGAACAGAACUCAGGUCUUUUGAAAGAUUUGGAGUCGCUGCGAGGACGGGCGAGCAAACUGGAAACCGAGAUGGCUAAGCUAGGUUUCGAGCCUGGCAAAGAGGAGGAAAUCUAUCAAGAGCAAUCAAAUUUACAGCGCGCCAUCAGAGAGCUCCGAGAAAGAGCAGACGGAAUGAAUAGGAGAGUAGCGAACCUUGAUUUUUCUUACUCAGACCCACACCAAGGCUUUGACCGAUCGAAGGUCAAAGGUCUUGUUGCUCAAUUGUUCACGCUGGACAAGGAGAAGACCCAUGCGGGUACUGCACUUGAGAUCUGCGCUGGUGGACGAUUGUACAACGUUGUUGUUGAUAGCGCGGAAACUGGUUCUCAAUUGCUUCAAAACGGCAAGCUUCGCAAGCGCGUCACCAUUAUUCCAUUGAAUAAGAUUUCGGGCUUUAAAGCCUCUGCCGAGAAGAUUGGAGCCGCGCAGAGAUUGGCACCCGGAAAAGUCGACCUUGCUUUGUCGCUUAUUGGAUAUGAUGACGAGGUAUCUGCAGCAAUGAACUACGUCUUUGGUUCAACUCUCAUUUGUGAAGAUGCACAAACCGCAAAGGCAGUCACGUUCGAUCCAAGUGUUCGAUUAAAGAGUGUCACAUUGGAAGGCGAUGUGUACGACCCCUCCGGAACGCUUUCUGGUGGUAGCUCGCCGAACUCCAGUGGCGUGCUUGUAGUACUCCAGAAGCUCCACGAGAUCAACAGAGAACUGCGAAGCAAAGAGCAUCAAUUGGCGAAUCUGCAAGAGAUGAUGGCAAAAGAGAAGAAGAAGUUGGAUGCUGUGCGAUCUUUGAAACAAGAGCUUGAUCUGAAGAAUCACGAGAUCAAACUGACAGAGGAUCAGAUUAACAGCAACAGUUCUUCGUCGAUUAUUCAAGCAGUCAAAGAGAUGAAAGAACAGAUCGAGCAACUGAAGAAGGAUAUUGCCGAUGCAAAAUCUCGAUAUGCAGAGGCUCAGCAAGACAUUAAGCGAAUUGAAAAGGACAUGAAGGAGUUUGACAACAAUAAGGAUGAUAAGCUAGCCGAGCUUCAAACCUCUGUCGAUACAUUGAAGAAGAGUCUUAACAAGAAUUCCAUUGCUGUCAAGACACUGCACAAGGAGCUCCAAGCUUCGCGCCUUGAGUCUGAACAGGCUGGAAGUGAUCUUUCUGCUGCAGAGGAGCAAUUGGCCGAAGCCGAUAAUGCUAUGCAAGCUCAACUUGAGGAGAUUGAGACGCUCAAGAAGGAACAAACCAGAAUCAAGGAUGCCCAUGACAUUGCCCAAGCCCAACUGGAGGAGGAGCAGGCAAAAUUGACCAGCUUUGACGAUGAGCUGGGCGAUCUCGAACAAGCCAUUCGCUCUAAGAACGCGCGAAUCACCGAGGAAAGCCUAGAGGCGCAGAAGCUAGGACAUCAACUUGAGAAGCUCCACAAAGAUCAACAAGCGGCGGCCCAGAUGGUUGCAAACAUGGAGAAUGAGCAUGAGUGGAUUGAGGAAGAAAAGGAUAGCUUUGGCCGUCCAAAUACUCCUUAUGAUUUCCGAGGGCAGAACAUUGCGGAAUGCAGAUCAACCCUGCGAAAUCUGACGGAGCGUUUCCAAGGAAUGAAGAAGAAGAUCAACCCCAAGGUCAUGAACAUGAUCGACAGCGUCGAGAAGAAAGAGGUUGCCCUCAAGAACAUGAUGAAGACCGUCGUUCGUGAUAAGAAUAAGAUUGAGGAGACCAUUAUCAAUCUAGACGAGUAUAAAAAAGAGGCCCUGCACAAGACCUGGACCAAGGUCAACGCAGACUUUGGUCAGAUUUUCGCCGAGUUGCUUCCUGGCAGCUUUGCUAAGCUUGAUCCUCCAGAGGGUAAAGAGAUUACAGAUGGUUUGGAGGUUAAGGUUUCGCUAGGAAAGGUCUGGAAGCAGAGUCUUACCGAGCUCAGUGGUGGUCAACGUUCACUCAUUGCGCUGUCGCUCAUCAUGGCACUUCUCCAAUUCAAACCGGCUCCAAUGUAUAUUCUGGACGAGGUUGAUGCCGCUCUCGAUUUAUCACAUACCCAGAAUAUUGGACGCUUGAUCAAGACGCGGUUCAAGGGUUCCCAAUUCAUUGUCGUCUCGCUCAAGGAUGGCAUGUUCCAGAACGCCAACAGAAUCUUCAGGACAAGGUUUAGUGAAGGUACAAGCGUUGUACAGGCACUAACGCCGGCAGAUAUGAAGUGA